UGUGAAUUGGGCCCGAGUUUGGUUCCACAACAACUUCGUUUGCUGGGGACGAAUUUGUAGCGCGCACGUGAAAAUGAUCAGCUGACUGCCACAGGGAGCUCUUGUCUUACAGGUUUCUUUCUGUGUACGGUAAAUAAUUGUCUUUCAUAAUUAUUGUCGGUUACUGCUGAAUCAGUUCGAGUUCUGAUCAGGUUCUGUACUUUUAAUCAAGAAAGAUGUAUCAUACCGGCAUUAGAGUCUCCUUACAGGCAGUUCCGCUCGUAUGUUUUGUGUUCGUGAUGAUAUCAACACAGACGGUCAACGCAAAGAAUUCAGAAGACAUUAGAUGCAAGUGCAUCUGCCCCCCUUACAAAGAGAUACAAGGGCAGAUUUACAACCAAAACGUAUCCCUAAAAGACUGCAAUUGUCUCCAUGUUGUGGAACCCAUGCCUGUGGAGGGAAAGGAUGUAGAGGCUUACUGUCUACGGUGUGAGUGCAAGUACGAGGAGAGAAGUUCUGGAACUAUCAAAGGGACGAUUAUUGUGUACUUGUCCAUCUUGGGCCUACUGCUGGUAUACAUGGUCUACCUGACGCUCCUGGAGCCCUUCCUGAAGAGAAGACUCUUCGGCCACUCUCAGCUGAUACAAAAUGAAGAUGAGGUUGGGGACCAGCAGCCAUUCGCUAAUGCUCAUGAUGUGCUGUCCCGCUCACGCUUGCGUCCCAACAUGCUGAACAAAGUGGAGCAUGCCCAGCAACGCUGGAGGAGGCAGGUGCAGGAGCAGCGCAAAUCCGUCUUCGACCGGCAUGUAGUGCUCAGCUAAUUCUCUCCUCGUCUCCUCCACGCGCCCCUGUUAGACCUGUGGCAGCGAGAUCACUGUGACUUGAACUGGCCCAUUCCCCUGAGCAACAUCAUCUCGGCACCCUCAUUCCUCAGUGUUUUCACAUGUGUGCUCCUGAGGCGUUGCCUCUGUGUGUUAAGAAUCUGUUUGGCGUGUAUCUGUGGGUGUACAUUCUCUUAGGUGUGUGUGUGUGUGUGUGUGUCUGUCUUUGUGUGUGUGUGUGUGUGUGUGUCUGUCUUUGUGUGUGUGUGUGU